AUGCCUCACGAUCCUACUCGUCUUCAACAUUUAAUCAAAAACUAUUACAAGUCAGACUUGGAAAAGAUUCACAAGAAUUAUGAAAGAAUUUGUGAUAGAUACAAUUUGGAAAAGAAGGAUUUUCUGAAUGAUGUCUCUCUGUACAAUCAUUGUGAUUUACUGAGCGUUUCCAAUAUUUAUUCAACCAUCAGGAACGAAUCAUUAAAGAUUAUUCCAGUAGACUAUGUGGAAACCUUCAAGAAGAGAAAGAGAAAUCAAAACACCACCACUUUAGGUGAAGACUCUGACGAAACAGAAGCAAAAUCUGCCAAAACAUCAUCCGACAAGACCUGUGCUCACUGUGGUGGCUCCGAAUUCAUCUUUGUUUGUAAUGGUAACAGUGAUGGCAUGUAUUUGGAGUUUCCAAAUGGUAGAACAGUCUCUGGACAAACUCCACAGCUGACAGCAUUAACAGAUGGUGAUGGAGUUUCUCUCCAUGUUUGUGUUGGAUGUGGAAUGGUUCAUGGAUUCAACUCUACCCAACUCAAGAGAGAUUUGGAAAGGUACGAAUUUGCUCUGGAAGAUAUGAACGAAGCUGAUCAAGAUGAAUUACUCUUCGAAGAGGAUGACAACAACAACAGCAAGAAUAAACUUUCACCAUGUUGA